GCGCUGGAGAGUGGAGUCAAGUCUAGGAACAGCUUCUUUCACGUCCUGUGUCUUUUUGCAGCGGUGGAGAAGAGGUGCUCCUUUGAACGCCAUGUACCAGGGAACACCUACAUUUUACGCGGAGUGGAGUCAACAUAAAUACACAUUAAUUUUCUUAUCCAAAUUACAUGUUUAAUAACUGCGGCUUAUUCUAAAUGUUCUCUGUGUGAGCUGCUUUUCAGUGAUCAUUGAAUCAUGUUACCAGUCUAAUUGAGGGGUCCCAAAUUCGUCAGGAUGGCAAUGACGAAGAAAGUUUAAAUUGAAAGACAGCAUUCUCCAAGAUGAUUUCUUACCAUUUAUUCAAUCAGUAACUGGUUGAUUAGUGUACAUUUCAUAGGUGUUGCAUGGACUAAUUAUAUUAUUGUCACCAGCAGAACACCAAAAAAAUGGAUCCCUUGUUCACCACAACUGAUUUAAAAUUGCCAAGCAAUUGGACCAACUCUUCAGGGGUCAAUGGAACUGAUCAGGACUGGAACCAGUUUGUGCAACCCGUUUGGAGAAUUGUGCUAUGGGCAUUCGCCUACAGUUGCAUGGUUACUGUGUCUCUGGUGGGUAACGUCGUAGUAAUUUGGAUCAUUAUGGCGCAUAAACGAAUGCGAACUGUGACCAACUAUUUUCUGUUGAACCUCGCGUUUGCUGAAGCGUCUAUGUCUGCCUUCAACACCGUUAUCAACUUCAUCUAUUCCGUGCACAACGAGUGGUACUUCGGGCUGAUGUACUGUCGCUUUCACAACUUCUUCCCCGUCGCUGCUGUCUUCGCUAGUAUAUACUCUAUGACUGCGAUAGCGGUGGACAGGUACACUGCCAUCAUCCACCCCCUGCAGCAACGCAUGUCAUCCACAGAGACCAAGGUGAUUGUGGGGGUGAUCUGGGUGCUGGCUCUGCUUCUGGCCUUCCCUCAAUACUACUACUCAGUGACCGAGGAGCUCCCUGGACGAAUCAUCUGUUACAUCGAGUGGCCCGAAUACACCGGCUGUGACUACAAAAUUCUGUACUACGUAUGUGUGACUGUGCUGAUCUACUUCCUGCCUCUGCUGGUGAUGGGCUGUGCCUACCUGGUGGUGGGCCUCACCCUCUGGGCCAGUAACAUACCUGGAGACUCCUCUGACCGCUACAAGGAGCAGCUCACUGCCAAACGCAAGGUGGUGAAGAUGAUGAUCGUGGUUGUGUGUACGUUUUCUCUCUGCUGGCUGCCCUACCACGUGUACUUCCUGCUCCACCUGUUCUUCCCCCUCCUGUUUGAGACGCUCUACAUCCAACAGGUGUACCUGGCUGUCAUGUGGCUGGCCAUGAGCUCCACCAUGUACAACCCUAUCAUCUACUGCUGUCUCAAUGACAGGUUCCGAGCUGGCUUCAAGCAGGCCUUCAGCUGCUGUCCCUGUGUCCCCACCGGCUCCUACGAGGGUCUUGAGCUCAAGUCCACACGUUACCUGCAGACCCAGGCCAGCAUGUACAAGGCCAGCCGCAUGGAGACCAACGUGUCCUCCAUGAUGCAUGUGGCCGACGACCUGGAGCCUCCCAGGUUUGGGGCCCUAUCUGUGGCCGGGUCGGCACCCAGGUGCUCCUCUCUGGACCUGACCUCUAACGGCUCCUCGUCCCGCAGUGUCUCCAAGAAUGUGUCGGAGACCUCCAGCUUCUACUCUAGCAACAACCUGCCUGAGUAGAGAGGGGAAAGGAGAAUCAGGCACCGCUAAACACUCUAUCUCACUAUACCUGCCCAUGGGGGCUGUGUUUGUGUAUGUGUGUGCAUGCAUGCGUGUGCACAUAUAUUCCAUCCAUGUUUGUCUUUGACCAUUUACAUAAUGUCCUUUUUUUUAAUGUUGGGCAUCAAGUCUACCACCUGUGGCUGAGGCUUGGUUGGUUCCCCUUCAGAGGGCAGUGCGCUUAUCCAGUGGUCCUUGGUUUAAACUAAGGCAAUGAGGCAUAUCUAGGGCACACUGCCUGGUACCUGCUAUAGCCCAGAGAGAUACUGUAAGGGCUGGGUUCAUGACUGGGUAACAAGACUGGGUCAAUACGGGACAGGACUGGGUCAAUACAGGAUAAGACUGGGUCAAUACAGGAUAAGACUGGGUCAAUACAGGAUAAGACGGUCAAUACAGGAUAAGACUGGGUCAAUACAGGACAAGACUGGGUCAAUACAAGACAGGACUGGGUAAAUAAAGGACAAGAUUGGGUCAAUACAGGAUAAGACUGGGUCAAUACAGGACAAGAUUGGGUCGAUACAGGAUAAGACUGGGUCAAUACAGGACAAGAUUGGGUCAAUACAGGAUAAGACUGGGUCAAUACAGGAUAAGACUGGGUCAAUACAGGACAAGAUUGGGUCAAUACAGGACAAGAUUGGGUCAAUACAGGACAAGAUUGGGUCAAUAUAGGAUAAGACUGUGUCAAUACAGGACAAGACUGGGUCAAAAUAGGAUAAGAUUGGGUCAAUACAGGACAAGAUUGGGUCAAUACAGGACAAGACUGGGUCAAUACAGGAUAAGAUUGGGUCAAUACAGUACAAGACUGGGUCAAUACAGGACAAGACUGGGUCAAUACAGGACAGACUGGGUCAAUACAGGACAAGACUGGGUCAAUACAGGACAAGACUGGGUCAAUACAGGAUAAGAUUGGGUCAAUACAGUACACGGUUAAUACAGGACACAGCACUAACUGAACCCGAUAACAUUCACAAAAUCCACACACCUUCAACUAUCAGAAUGUAUCCAAUACUUAUCUAGCAGUUGACAUUUGCUUCUAAGGACCCACUCACCACACAUACACAGUGGUGUAUGAGUUCAUAUUACCACCCGUACUUCUGAAUGGUGCAUUAAUGUUUGAUUGCCGCCCCCGUGCUGGAAGCACAGUCAGUCCUCACAGUAUAGUGGUUUUCUCAGCUUGUCAGAAACAUAUGAUAAGCCUGCCAUUCCUGUAGCAUCUCCUCAGCCCCUAUAGUGGAGCCCAGGGUUAACAAGCCCACACUCCAUAGGACACACACUUGGAAACAGAUUAUUGUGGCUGAGGUGUGUUUAGCUGGUGUCCUGUCAGCAUGUAGACUUCCGUGGAAUAAUGUGGGAUAGAGCUGAACAAACAGACCCUAACCUGAACAGUGAUAGUCAGCUGUGUACAAGACAACAGGAGAGAAAAGUGGUGUGAUUACAGAGGCAGAGAAACUGCACUGUGAGGACUUCCUCUUAUACAGCAUGCUCUUAUUGACAGUAAAGGCUAGAUGGAUUGUGUUUUCAGGGAUGAUGUUAGUUCUUGUAACUAGUGAUGGGAAGAUGUGCCUGGAUACUUAGCAUAAUGCAGAUAUGAGAGGAAGGGAGGCAGCUUAGAGGCCAUGCUCUCUUUAUGAGACCUCUGGGUCUCAAAUGGAACCCUAUUCCCUUUAUAGUGCGCUACUUUUGACCAGAGUCCUAUGGACCCUGUUCAAAAGUAGUACACUAAAUAGGGAAUAGGGUGUCAUUUGGCAUGUGUGAGUCCAGCAGGAAGGAGCUAUUUUAGCUGUGUAUAAUGAUUCUUGAUGUGUCACAGCAGUUCCUGUCUACCCUGCCAUCUGAAACCCCAAAUUGACACAUUGUAUGAUGUUCAGCACACACAUCCCCACACAAUCACACAUUCUCAAAUAGACACACUGACACCCACAGUUGUUCUCACAUCAGACAGAGGCACACUCACCCUCCAACACACACAUGCACAUGCAUGCACAUGCACACCCCCACACACACUUUGACCAGAGUAAAAUGAGCACUGUAGUCAUCUCAGAUCUCUGGCAGGUUUGAUGUGGAGUUUCAGCCUGUUCACACUAGGUCAACAUGAUCUGGAGGACAGAGAGGACAGGAGGGGUAACAGAGGGUCAACAUGAUCUAGAGGGCAGAGGGGACAGGAGGGGUAACAGAGGGUCAACAUGAUCUAGAGGACAGAGGACAGGAGGGGUAACAGAGGGUCAACAUGAUCUAGAGGGCAGAGGGGACAGGAGGGGUAACAGAGGGGCAAGUAACACCUGUUACUUCACAUCUCUGGGCCUUGUAAGAGUGAGUUUAUCGGUAGUGUGGAAUAUACACCGAACAAAAAUAUAAACACAUCAUGUAAAGUGUAGGUCCCAUGUUUCAUGAGCUGAAAUAAAAUAUC